AUGAGAGCACCAGCUCUACGGGAGGACUGUGUGAUCACGCUCUCUGCAGCCGAUGGGUACGUGCUCAGCCCCGUCAUGUACUCCCUGUUCACUAAUGACUGCAAUGCCAGGCAUGACUCCAACACCAUCAUUAAGUUUGCCGAUGACACAACAGUGAGGCCGACCAAAAACAACACCGUUGGAGGAGAGGGUGCUGGAGCGGUCUUCAGCAUGGACACCAGCGUCUCCACAGGCAACAACUCGGCCUGCUCCCCUGACAACAUGUCCAGUACAAGUGGGAUGGAUGCGCUGAAGAUCGAGGAGAUGGAGAAGAUGCUGAAGGAAGCCCACCUAGAGAAGGCCAGGCUCAUAGAAUCCAGAGAGCGAGAGAGCCAUGCCCGUAGGCAGAUGCUGGAGGAGGAGAGGAGGCGGCGCGAGGAGGCUGAGAAGAGGCUGCAGGACGAGACGGUGCACAGGCAGCAGCUGGUGGACAAGGAGGUGAAGAUGAGGAGCAAGAACUUCUCCCAGGCCCGUCCUAUGACUCGUUACCUGCCCAUCCGCAAGGAGGAGUUUGACCUGCGCUCCCACAUCGAGUCAUCCGGCCACAACGUGGAGACCUCUUACCACGUGAUCCUCACAGACAAGAUGUGUAAGGGUUACCUGGUCAAGAUGGGCGGCAAGAUCAAGUCGUGGAAGAAACGCUGGUUUGUCUUCGACCGCCUCAAAAGGACCUUCUCCUAUUACGUUGACAAGCACGAGACCAAACUGAAAGGAGUCAUUUAUUUCCAGGCCAUUGAAGAGCCCCAAUCCCUCGUUGACCUUUGUGUGAAGACUCACGACAGACUCUACUACAUGGUGGCCUCUGCCCCGGAGGCCAUGAGGAUAUGGAUGGAUGUUAUAGUAACUGGAGCAGAGGGCUACAUGCAGUUCAUGAACUAA